AUGCAGGAAUUUACAAUAGUCCUUGAGGUUUGGAUAACACUGUUAAUGGUAACAAGUUCAGUUAACGCAGAUAAACCUGAAGAGAAAAUUGAUUCCUGCCUAAUUCAGUGCAGUGCUCUUGCAGUCAAUGGCUUACCAGGCGGAGAUGGAAGGGGUGGUCCCAAAGGUGCAAGGGGAGAACCAGAAGGAAUGAGAGGUCUACAAGGUUUCCCUGGAAAAGUGAGACGUCCAGGAAUAAGAUGAGAUUUAGGACUACAAGGAGAGAAAGGAGAAAAGGGAGAAUGUGGAAGAAAAAGAAAUCACGCAACCGAUGACCUGCAGAGACAAGUAACUGCUUUGGAAACAAACAUACAGGUUUUGGAGGCUGAACUAAAUAGACACAGAAAAGAUUUGAUUUUAAAGAACAUCAAGAGUAUUGGUAAAAAAAUAUUUGUCUCAACCGGAAAAGAAGAUAAUUUUGGCAAUGGAAAACCCCUUUGGGCAAAAGCUGGAAGUGUACUUGCAUCUCUUAGGACUGAGGCUGAGAACACAGAUUUAAUAGACUUAAUAAGACCUUCAAAGCAGGCUUAUAUGGGGAUAUCUGAUAAACAGACUGAAGGCUGGUUCAUGUAUCUCAAUGGAGGGGCUGCAAUUUACAGAAACUGGAAUGCUGGAGAACCAAAUGAUCUAAAAAAUGAAGACUGUGCAGUAAUAAAAGAUGCUGGAAGAUGGAGUGACAAGUGUUCAGAUUCAUGUGCCUUAAUUAUUUGUGAAUUCCUGAGCUGA